AUGGCUGGACUAUUCCAGUCCUUUCGGAGCUCCAGCAUGCCUAAACGGCUGCUGCGAUAUGCUUUGUCGCGGCUGGAGCUCCUCGACUCUGACGCUUUAGACAUGGACAAUCUAGAUCUUGCGAUAGGUAGAAAUACAGUCUUCGAAUUUAGGGAUGUUGGAGUUCAGCUAGAUAAACUGGAGAAGCUGCUGAAGCUGCCCGAGACGUUUGCGAUACAGAAAGCCAAGGUCUUACUCCUCCGAGUUACCAUUCCGAUGGACUUUUACACGAGCCCCAUAUCUAUCGAAGUUGAUGGCGUGGAUGUCAAGUUGAAAGUGGUGACAACCGGUGCCAAGUCCAAAUCGGGCCGUUCAACUUCGGCAGCCAACAACGACGACGAUACCUCAGCAGUUCCGAAUACUGUUGAUCUUGCGCAAUCAUUCCUCGAAACGCAGCCAUCGUCGGAGCGAAGAAAGCUCGAAGCGGCGCUAGCUGCAGAAACACAAGAUCUCGGCGCAUCCACUUCCAUGAGCGAUGACAGCAGCGAAGAUGAACCGAUCGUGGGCACUGGGCAGCCCUUGUCGCUGCCGGGCUUCCUGGCUGGCUUUUUACAAGGAAUCGUUGAUCGGAUGCAGAUAAGGAUUAAAGGGGUGGGGUUCCAGUUAGAUAUGGAUAUUCCGGUGGAUAUGAGUUCAUCAACAACAGAACCUGUGUCUUUCCAAAUAGCCCUGGAAGGCAUCGACAUCGAGGGUGUUACCACGAGGAGCGAGGAAUCCCGAGCGUCCGCCGUAGCAGCACCCAAGGAAGGAAAACGGCAGAUCUCUCUUGACAAUGUCCGCGCCUAUCUAAUAUCUGAGGCCAACGUCUUUUCUACCCUGACUCGGUCGUCUUCCAUGACUUCGCCAUCGGCAACAUCUUCACCUCUUAAUACGAGGAAUCCACCUUCGAGGCAAGCUACUUCCUUGUCUGUGGAAAGUCUGCAAACGCCUGCUUUUGCGCCUUCCUUCACACCGUCGAUGAUGUCCUCCCGGCGAGGGUUCCCUGGCCACUCGUCGCAGUCGCCUCGAGGAAGCGUUCAUAGCCAGCGCAUGUCGACAUCACAAGGCAGCAGUAAUCCUUCUAUCCAAUCGCUACAUUCGAGUUUUAUAGAUCAAAUGGCUGAGUUGGAUCGACCCAGCUAUCCUUUGGGAGAUAGCGAAGAGGCUCUUGGAAUUCCAUACGACCUCGACGACUAUCAGGAUGAGGGUGUGCCGGACGAUGAAUGCCCUUCAACUCCCCGCGCCUCGCUAUCCCGAGAAUUCAACUCCCCUGAUAACGCAGUAUUUCACUCGCCCGAAGACCCUGAAUCGAAUUCCUCAUCACCCGCAAGGAGAUUGUUUGAUAGUGGGCUGUCAAGAUCACAAGACAUGGAGGAGCAGAUCUCAAAGUCAACCUAUUCCUUAUCGCGACAGCAAGAAGAUUUUGAGCCGUCUGGCACUCACUCUUCCACGGAGUUUGGGCCCGAGGGUAAUUAUGGGCCAGGGAAUCUGGCUGAAGAUCUUUCGCAAUCACAUCUAUAUACCCAUGAGGAAGCUGAGAGCAUGUAUAUGAGUGCUUUCUCAAAAGCAGAGAGUCAAGCCGACAUAUCAGGACUUGAAAUUUCUCAACACACACUUCCCCCACCCGUUGAUCCAGCUGUCGAACAAUCUGUUGAACAAACGGCCCUACCACUAGAAGAACAAACAACAGAGCUCGCUCGGACCCCUCCAGCCUCUCCAAGGCGAGGUAUCCAAUCUCCGCCUACAUAUGCGUCUCCCAAGUCCGCCAUGCCUGGUGGCUGGGAUGACAAUGCCUCUCAAGGCUCAUCCGGAUCUGACAGAACAAUGUCCCAUAAUGCCGUGACGAAGGAGCAUUCCCCUCCCAGGGCAGAUAUACUAGAGCCUCAACCUCAACCAGUUUUUGAAUCUGAAGCCGAGCCCAAAGCCGAGUUCGAAGUUGAACAAGGGAAGCCAAGCUCUCCAGCAAUUAAACCAACUCCAACAGCUGAGGAAAGGAACAGCCCCAUGGAAACGGAUGAGGAGUCACAACACGAGGAUGCCGCCACUCCAAAAGGGCCAACACGAGUUGUCAAGGAAAUUUUACAUCUUCAGACAAUUUCCGUAUAUAUACCUACGACACAUCAACAUAUAGAAAUGGAAGAAGACACUUCUGAAUCGGUUGCGGAACUUGCCCGGGCGAUGAGCAAUUCGGUCUAUCCUCAGGCUCCCGGAGCCUUCUCCGUGCAUGCACCAGCAUCUGGUUCUGUGUUCGAUCACAGGCCUCACAUACGACGAACUCAGAGCGUUGAUAACGUUUUGGAGGUCGAUCUGUCCCCAGUUUCGAUCCGUUUUGACGCUUCUCUGGCAUUUGUGCUUGCCAUGAUUGUUGGAAAACUUCUCGAGGCAGUGAAAAAUGAAAAUCCGGUCAAAGCCCCAAGCAAGGGCGCUGAUAAUGCGCAGCAAUCAGAUAAGGUGCCGGAAAUCAAGGUGUCAGUUAAAGAGAUAUCUUUGGAUUUCCUGAGUCGACUUGGUGGGGUGACAGACACUCCUCAUCGCCACCUGGACCCCUCAGUAUUCAUGUUCGACCAUGAAGUUCUUCUCAACGCAACAUUGGGGAAUUUGGCUAUCUCCGUGUCACCUGUCAAGGUGACUGCUCACCCCGCCGGAAGAGGUAAGCCAGAGAAGCAGGAUGCCAUCCAGACAACGAUUGAUCUGGAAACUUUCCGUUUCGGAUAUACCAAUGACGACAUUAUCUCUUUUGACAAAGCUAGACCCAUGAGUACGUCUGUAAGGGACACUUUUCUUUCAAACGGGCAUGAUGUUGGCAUCAAGAUGACACAGUCCAAGGACAGCGUCAAGACAGAAAUUGAGACGCUGCCAUUGGCUAUCCGUAUGGAUUUGCAAAGACUCGAUGAGACCUUUAGCUGGUUUGGAGGUCUGAGCAGCUUUCUCAAUAUGAGUGCCUCGAUGACUUCUAGCCCAUCACCUACACCCAAACCGCCACCGAAGCCAGCCUCAACCCAGCGAACAAGAGGUGUACGAUUUGAUACACCCAUCAACCCGGACGACAAAUCGGCUACUUCUGAAAAUAAAGUCAAUAUGCGGAUAGGCGGCUCCUACAUUGAGCUCCUAGGGAAAGAAUGUAGCUUUGUCGCCGAGAGCAAUGCUAUCAAGCUUAUCAGCAGAGAGGAAGGUGUCGGAGUCGGGUGUAGCAUGAUGCGCGUGUCUGGGCCGUAUCUAAAGAAUUCCAUGGCGGAUCCCGCCAUCAAUACGGAGAUACUCGGCAUGCGGUUGGAGUUUGUGACGACUCCAAACGAUUCGGACCUUGAGAAACUGCUUGGAUUAAUCACGCCCUCCAAAGCCAAAUUUGACCACGGAAGCGAUGAGAUCAUGGUUGACACUCUUAUACGGCAGCGAAGGAAAGGCUCAGUACUCAGAGUCGGAGUGGAAACGCUGAAUGUGCGGGUGAAAAACUUGGCUCAGCUUGAGGUUCUUCCAGCCCUGGGUGAAGAAUUGGCCAAGCUGUCCACCGUGGCGAAAUAUCUCCCCGAAGAUGAUAGGCCUGGGCUCAUGACUCUUGCAAAAGUUAAUAAAUUCGGUGCGAGCGUUGACAUUGGCGGAGCCCUUGGACAGCUUAGCAGCGACAUUAAAGAGCUAGAGGCCGCGCAUAUUACUGUCCCGUCUUUGGUGGCUAUUGCCGUCUCGGGGAUAUCUAUCAAGCGUAACAAGACCGAAGAGCUCGUCAGUUCCUCAAUUCUAUAUCCUUCGGCUGAGAUUGCGAACCGCGGCCCGGUUAUUAUGGCAAGAAUGAUUGGGGACGACAUUGAGCCCGUUGUGAAGCUGAACCUACAAGACAUCAGCAUCGAAUACCGCGUUCCAACGAUUAUGGACGUUCUUGGUCUGGCCAAUGACGCUACUCCUCAGGACUUUGAAGACAGCCUUGCUGCCUCAGUCGCCGGUCUUGGCGAUCACGCCCACGCAGCAUUGGCACGGCAGCAACCCCCAUCGCCGACACAGUCCACUACGAAGCAGAGUAAGCCAAUGACUUUGGAUGUGUCGUUUCGGGACUGUCUUAUCGGCCUAAAUCCACUCAACCAAAAAUCAAAGAUGGUCGUUGUAUUUACAGACGCUCGCCUUGCCGUAGUCCUCCCCAAGGACGAGGUUACUAACGUGAGUCUCGACGUUAACAAGGCGUCUAUUCUGCUCACGGAUGAUGCUUCAUUGAGCACAUCGGAUCACCGCGUCUCUUCAAGCGCAAGGCGCCGAGCGUCCUCUUCAGCAUCCCCUCAAGUAGUUUCAAUGUGUGCUCAGGGGUUCGUUGACAUUUGCUACAUGUCAUCAGCAAAGGUCACCGUCAGCGUCGCCCCAAAUGCAGAUGGUGAGAAGCAAGUGGAGGUUGAAGUUCGAGACGACCUGUUGGUGCUAGAGACUUGCGCAGACUCAACUCAAACUCUGAUAAGUCUGGCAAAUGCCCUUUCGCCACCAACACCACCAAGCAAAGAGAACAAAUACAGGACCAAGGUGAUGCCUGUACAAGACCUGCUUGCGUCGAUUUCAGCCGAGGCAUUUGGAAAGCCAGAAGGGGAAUACGACUUUGACCAAGACUUUGCGGGUGCACAGGAGAUGGCCAAGAGUCAGUCCGACGCCGGCUUUGGGGGCGACUCCCUUCGCGUUGAGUCACAGUUUUACGGAGAUGAGCUUGGGGGAGAAGAGCUCUUUGAUGCUAUGAAGCUUUCCGCCACAUCACAGGAUCCACGGAUGCAAGAUGACUUUUACACGGAAAACGCCGCCGAAGAGCACGCCGCCAAAAUUUGGAACUCGAACAAGAACACGUACGACAAGGCCCCUGCAAACUUGGUGAAACGCGCCCCCCUAAAGGUAUCUGUAAGGGACGUCCACCUCAUCUGGAACUUAUUUGACGGUUAUGACUGGACUCAUACGCGCGACAUUAUCAGCAAAGCCGUUCAUGACGUAGAGGCAAAGGUCUACGAACGACAAGCACGACUCAGCGGGCAGCAGAUUUUUGAGGAAGAAAUCGAGGACGAAGAGACGAUUGGCGACUUUUUGUUCAAUUCCAUCUACAUUGGAAUUCCAGCCAACCGAGAUCCACAGGAGUUGGCUCGUGCGAUUAACGAAGGUCUUGCUGAUAAUGCAACGGAGACGGAGUCUGUCGCUACAACGGCAGUGACGGCCACGACGAACCGGACCAUGCGUCGAGGAUACCCCAAGUCACGGCGCUUAAAGUUACAACGAAGCAAGCACCACAAGAUCACCUUUGAACUCCAAGGUGUUAAUGUUGACAUGGUUGCAUUCCCCGCUGGAGCUGGAGAGACGCAGAGCAGCAUCGAUGUUCGGGUUCAGAAUCUUGACAUUUUUGACCAUGUUCCCACGUCAACAUGGAAGAAAUUUGUAACGUACGAUCAGGAUCAGGGUGAGCGUGAGAUGGGAACCAGCAUGGUGCAUCUCGAGCUCCUCACAGUGAAGCCGUUACCUGAGCUAGGAGCAUCAGAGAUUGUUCUUCGAGCGACCGUGUUGCCCCUGAGACUCCAUGUCGACCAGGAUGCUCUCGACUUCAUCACUCGCUUCUUUGAAUUCAAAGACGAUAGCGUUCCGGUGCACUCAUCACCCAGCGAUGUGCCCUUCCUACAAAGGGCCGAGGUGAUGGAUAUUCCAGUCAAGCUAGACUUUAAGCCGAAGCGAGUAGACUAUGCUGGCCUUCGGAUGGUCCUCCGGCAUGUAAUCAUUUACGGAGUCACCGGCUUUGAUCGAUUCGGCAAGACUCUCAACGACAUUUGGUCGCCCGAUGUCAGAAAGACGCAGCUUCCAGGUGUCGUGGCAGGUCUAGCACCCGUGAGAUCCCUGGUCAACAUUGGCAGCGGGUUCAAAGAUUUGGUUGAGAUCCCCCUCAAAGAAUACCAAAAGGACGGUCGCAUCAUUCGAAGCAUAUCCAAGGGAGCCGCGGCGUUUGCUCGCACGACUGGAACGGAACUGGUCAAAUUCGGAGCGAAACUGGCCGUCGGCACGCAGUACGCUCUACAAGGGGCAGAGGAGAUGCUCAGCGGCGGGGCUCGGCCUGAGGAGGGCUGGGAAGACGAUGACUUGGAUGCAGACGACAAGAAGCAAAUCUCGCUGUAUGCAGACCAUCCCACAGGUGUAAUCCAAGGCAUCCGGGGUGGUUACAGAUCACUUGCCAGAGAUGUGAACCUGGCACGAGAUGCCAUCAUCGCAGUGCCAGGUGAGGUUAUGGAGAGCCAGUCAGCUAGCGGUGCUGCCAGGGCGGUUCUGCGACGAGCGCCAACCAUCAUCUUCCGACCUGCAGUGGGUGUGACCAAGGUCAUUGGCCAGACAUUGAUGGGAGCCACGAACUCGAUUGAUCCCCACAAUCAACGCAGAAUUAACGAGAAAUAUAAGAGGCAUUAA